AUGAGGGAUGAGGAGAAACUGAGUAAGUCUCUCGGGGCUGAGAAGCAGGGUUCAAACAGACUUAUUAGGAGCAUUUGUCAAGGAAUUAUAGCAAUCGUGGGAAUCUGUUGGAUCACCAUAGGACUUGGAAUUUCCCCUUUUUCGCAUGGUAUUUUUGACUAUGGGAGCUCUGGGGAGUUGGGAGUCGCUUCUCCCAUCGAAAAUGCUUUUCUGAGCGCUUUGGACGUGAAUUUGGCAGGCAACUGGUCUGAGAAAUAUACUUCGGUUCCGCACUUGGCCGGCCAAGGCAUCGAGUUGGUGGAUUGGACAGCUAAAAAAUUUGAAGAGUACGGCUUGUCGACUGAAAUUGAGGGCUUUGACAUUUAUUUGAACUAUCCUGUGGAAAACGGGCUGGCCUUGUUGAAAAAGGGCAGAAAUGGGACCUCUGUAGCCUACAAAGCUUCCUUGCGUGAAGAUGCGCUUCCAGAGGACCCCACGACCAAUGGAGAUGACUUGGUCCCAGCAUUUCAUGGUUACAGUGCCUCUGGCAACGUCACCGCAAACUACGUGUUUGUUAACUACGGCACUAAGGAAGAUUUUGAGCUUUUGAAAAGCCAGAAGGUUAACCUCAAAGACAAAAUAGCGAUUGCAAGGUACGGUAAAAUUUUCAGAGGACUGAAAGUAAAAUUCGCGCAAGAAGCAGGGUGUGUCGGGGUUCUUCUCUACUCCGAUCCAGGGGACGACUAUUAUCAGGAGGCUAAGGGUGACAAAGCGUAUCCUGAAGGACCUGCAAGAAAUCCUUCCUCUUUGCAAAGAGGCUCGGUCCAGUUUCUGAGUGAAGCUCCGGGGGACCCAACCACUCCUGGCUACCCAUCUCAAGGCGACGUUGAACGUGCGGACCCUAAGGGACUCAUCCCUGACAUUCCAAGCUUGCCAAUUUCGCAUAAAGAAGUAGCACCUAUUUUGCAGAAAUUGAACGGUCACGGUCUAAGUGGCUCCAAAAUCGGUGGUGACAAAUGGAAAGGAGGACUUAAAGGUUUUGAUUACUGGACUGGACCGUCUCCAGACUACUCUUUGAACCUAUAUAAUAAUCAAUCCUACGAUAUUCGUCCAAUUCACAACGUUUACGGAAAUAUUACCGGAAGUGAUUCCGACGAGGGAUACAUCUUAAUUGGCAAUCACCGAGAUGCGUGGAUCAAAGGCGGAGCUUCUGAUCCAAACAGUGGAUCAGCUGCGUUGCUAGAAGUCAUUCGUGGUUUCCAUCAACUGCAGCUUACCGGAUGGAAACCUCGUAAGACAAUAAUUUUCGCAUCGUGGGAUGGUGAAGAAUAUGCAUUGUUAGGAUCUACGGAAUUUGGUGAAAAGUAUGGCAAAGAUCUGCAGGCUAACUGCUUGGCGUAUUUGAAUGUCGACGUUGCGACCUCAGGUAAGACCCUUGGGAUACAAGCUUCGCCAUUUUUGAACAAAGUUUUGAAUGACUCUCUUCACCUGGUAGAUUAUCCUCUUGGGGGUUCACUUCACGAUCAUUUCUUUGAAAGUAAAGAAAAGUUUGGGAUUUUGGGCAGCGGCUCAGACUACACAGUGUUCCAAGAACACCUCGGUAUUGCAUCUGUGGAUUUGGGAUUCAAAGGCGGUCCUGAGGAUCCUGUGUACCAUUACCACUCGAACUAUGACUCUUAUCACUGGAUGUCUACAGUGGCAGAUCCGGGUUUCAAGUUCCACAACGCUUUAGCCAAGUACCUCGGAAUUAUCGCGCUCAAGCUCACCGAGCGUAAAGUCAUACCCACAGAAGUUGCGACAUAUGGCGCGGAAUUAAAACUCUACUUCCAAAGGUUGGUCGAUAGGGUUCCAGCAGAAUGGCUGGAUGUCCCGUCUGGAAAAUGCCAUCGCACGGUUUCUGACGUUAUCACUUCCCUGGGAGAUGAAUUGAAUGGCUUUUUAGAAAACGCUGGUGUUUUCGACCUGCGCUCAGAGGCGUUGCAAUCCAAAUGGGAUUCUUCAGAGGGUCAACCAUUUUGGAGACGGAUUGUGUUGCACUAUAAGAUCAAGAGUUUGAACUACAAAUUAAGAUAUCUGGAAAGAAGAUUUCUGUACCGAAAGGGUCUUGACGGAAGGCCUUGGUUCAAACAUGUGGUGUACGCUGCCGGCAGGGACACUGGAUACGAAGGAUUUGCCCUACCAGGCUUGAAAGAGGCGUUAGACGAUGGAGAUAUAGUUUCCUUCGUGAAGUGGUUGAAAAUUAUUCGGGCGAAGGUGAGGAAAUUGAACGACGACUAUGCUUGA